GAAUUUUUGACUCAUGCAGAAAAUUCUCAGGGGAAAAGCUGCACAAAAAACGCAUUUUCUCCACCACAAAAAAGAAAUGGAAAAAAACACAGAGAUUGCAGAAAAGCGUCUUUGGAUUGGAAAUCUCGAUAUAAGAGUGACUGAGUAUCAACUCGUGAAAAUAUUGCAAAAAUACGGUGAUAUCGAAAAUUUUGAACUGGUUUACCAUCGUACGGGACCUCUAGCUGGUCAAUCGAGAGGAUAUGCCUUUGUAACGUACAAAACCAAACAAAAUGCCACAACGGCGAUACAGAAACUCACGGGGAAGCAAAUCGAUGGAAGGAGUAUAGCUGUGGGCCUAGCUAAAACUUUUAGUGAGACUGAGGACAAGGCCAAACCCAAAAUUGAAAUUCCUGCUCUUGGAGGCACAGGUGGAGCUUCAUCUAGCUCAACUGCGGACAAGAAGAGAAUUGCCAUCCAGGCAAUUGAGGCCAAACUCAAAGUGCUUGAAUCUCAGAGAUCAGGAGAUGACUUUGAAGUGAACAAGAGUGUUUCCAGUGAAGCUUCCCUCAUACAGCGUUACCAAUUCAACAAAGGCCAGGAGAAGACUCAGAGGAAUACCAUGGCUAAUCGCCAUAGGCAGAGACACAAAAAUUCUGGACCCUACAAUCGACAUACGAAGCGCUGAGGCUUUAUUUGACUCAAAAUAAACUUACCGCUUAAAUUAAUCCUUCUGGUAUUUGUAUUUUCCGCGCAUGUGGUAGGGCAAAGGGACAACAGCUGGACAGGGUACUUGUCCGGGAAUCGUGCACAUGCAGGGCUUGGCGCAACCAUAGCCAAAAUUUGCCGGAUUGUCUUGCUUCUCAGCCAUUUUUGCUUCUGCCUCAAGGAGUUCUUUGGAUUUUCCGAGAACAUUGAUCAAAUGACCAUCUAUCUCUUCUCUACUCUUGCUGUCAAUAUCUAUGAUGAUGUCUUUGCCAUUUUC